AUGAUCUCCGAAGAAGGUGAACCAACCCAAAAGAAGAAGAAGAUUCCUGAGCCACUGUCAUCGUUUUCGUCACUUCCACAUGAAAUCACAGAGAACAUUCUUGCCCGUGUCUCCAGAUGGAAAUAUCCAUGUCUCUCUCUCGUCUGCAAGAGCUUCCGUUCCCUCUUAUCUCCUCUGGAAAUCUACAAGACGAGAUCUCAAAUCGGAGUGAAAGAAACAUGCGUCUAUAUCUGCUUAGAGCUGCCUGAUCAACCAUGUGCAAGCUGCUGGUUUAGUCUGUGGACAAAACCUAAUAAAAAACGAAACAAACGGAGAGGGAAGACUAAGUUUAAGCGGGAUUCAAGUGGAAACUCGGUUGUUCAGAUACCUUUCUCUUCUUCCCCUUCUGCUCCCUUACCGUAUGAAACUCAAACAGUUGGUUCGGAAAUCUACAUAAUCGGCGGACCCGACGGGGAGCCGUCUUCAUCUGUCCGGAUCCUUGAUUGUCGGAGUCACACUUGGCGUGAUGGCCCUAACAUGACCAUCGAUAGGGAGGAUGCGCCUACAGCUUUACUUGAUGAGAAAAUAUAUGUAGUGGGAGGUUGCAAUAUUGAUAUGUACUCUACCAACUGGAUUGAGGUAUUUGACAUAAGAACUCAGUCCUGGACUGCCUUGCCGGGUCCUGGCCCUGACGAGGACGACGAGUUAGUGGAUGACUAUCUUGCUAUAGUUAAUGUGUUUGAAGGAAAAAUUUAUUUAGCUACAGAUGAAAAGGACUACACUUAUGAUCCGAAAGAUGGUACGUGGAAACUCGUAAAAGAGAAAGCGAGUUUCGUUCCCGACUCCGUUAUGUUUUGGUGUGAGAUGGAUAAUGUAUUAUACUGUUGCACUGACUUGGGGUACUUAAUGUGGUCGACCUCUGAGAUUGAGGGUAGAGAGUGGAGAGAGAUCAAGGGAUUGGAUAAAUUGCGUAAGCAUUUAAAAACUGGGAAGGAGAUUGAAAUGGCUAACUAUGGUGGGAUGCUCUUAGUGAUGUGGCAUUCAUAUCCCGAUUUUUGCAUAAGAGACAAGAUUUGGUAUACAAAGAUUUGUUUACAAUCAAGAUGCAAUGGACUUGAGGUGUGGGGUAGGGUUGAGUGUGUCGAUAUGCUUACCUUUCCUGUUGAAACAUAUGAAAGCUUUUAUUGUUUAACUGCUUCAGUUUGA